AUGGCUACAAAGAUUGAGGAUGAUACUAAACCGCGUCUGAACGUCUGCUUCAUAGGGCACGUUGACUCUGGAAAGAGCACCACGGUGGGAAUGCUUUCAUACCAGCUGGGGGCAGUUGACAAGAGGGAGAUGGAGAAGUAUGAGAAGGAGGCUGCCUUGAACAACAAGGACACAUUCUAUCUUGCAUACUUAACUGACAAGACCGAUGCCGAGAGGAAGAGAGGAAUUACAAUUACAACCACGCUUGUAAAUCUUCCUACGGAGAAGUUCAACAUCAACAUUCUUGACUGCCCUGGGCACAAGGACUUUGUGAAGAACAUGGUAACUGGAGCAUCACAGGCUGAUGUUGCAGUUGUGAUUGUCCCUGCAUCUGGAUUUGAAUCAUGUAUUGGUGUUGGAGGGAUGCUGAAGACACACAUCAUGAUUUCUGGAAUUCUUGGAUGUGAGAAGCUGAUUAUCUGUGUCAACAAGAUGGACGAGAUUCCUGAGGACAAGAGAGAAGAGAAGUUCAAGGAAGUGUCUGCUGAGAUGCUUAGAAUUGUGAAGAGGAGUCACAAGGACAAGAACCCCAUUGUUAUUCCUAUAUCUGCAUUCAAGGGAAUCAAUCUUACCAAGAAGGGAGAGAGCUUCAAAUGGUUUGGAGGAUGGAAGGAGAAGGAAGGCGCACCGCUUAUACACACACUUGAGGAAGCACUUGACUACCAGAAUGUUCCUGAGAGGCACAACGACAAGCCUCUGAGAAUGCCGAUCACUAAGGUCUGCUCGAUUGCAGGAGUUGGUAAGAUCUUUACUGGGCGUGUGGAGUAUGGUACCAUCACACCAAACCUCAAGAUCUCCAUUCAGCCUGCAGGUGUUGUUGGGGAGACCAGGUCUGUUGAAAUCCACAACAAGCCAAGGUCUAUGAUUCCAUGUGGAGAGAACUGUGGAGUUGCGCUUAAGGGAGGAGUUACUGGAGACCUUGAAAAGGUUGAUGCAGGGCAUGUUAUCUCUGCCAAUGAUGAGAACAAGGCCAUAGCAUACCCUGGAGCAAAGAUCAGAACUAUUGUCGUUGGUAGGCCAAAGGGAUUGUCGCCGGGAUAUACUCCACAGAUUAACUUUGGGAACUGCCACUCUCCAGGAAGAAUUGCCAAGAUUCUUUCCAAGGUGGUUGGAAAGGAGGUUCAUGAAUCUCCCGAAAACGUUGCAAAUGGAGAGACAUUCGUUGGUAUUGUUGUUUUCCAGAAGCCAUUGGUUGUUGACAGAAUGGAGAGAUUCCAGAACCUGGCAAAGUUUGCUCUUAUGGACAGCAAUGGUGUUGUGGGUAUCGGAAACGUUAUGGAGCCUCUCACCCGUGAACAACUUCUCAAGGACUAUGAGAUUGAUAUAGCUGAGGACCCCAAGGCAGCUAAGAAAGCAGCAUCCAAGAAGAAGGCAUGA